AUGGAGGACUUCGGCCCCUUCCCCGCGCGGCCUCACCGGGACCUCGGGGAGCGCGCGUCCUCGGCACGGCUGCGCAGGUCCCGGCCCCAGGCCAAGGCCCGGCCGGCUCGGGGCUGCUGGGCCGGGACUCCCGGGGAGGGGAGCGAGGCCCCGGCUCCCUGGCCUCCCCGCCACCAGUCCCCCGACUCCCCGCGGGAAAGCCGCAGCCUGAGCGACGUGGCCCAGAGGCGCCCCGACGGCGCCAGGAAGCACCGGCCCCGCGGCUGGCGCCCGAGAGAUGCCUGGGGGGAGCCCCGGAUCCCGCCCCGACCGCGGGGCAGCCAGCACAGCCCGGCCUGGCCGCUCCAGCUCCAGCUGUCACCGCAGCAGCCCCUGCGCUGCCAGCACUGCCCCCCGGCCCAGGGAGACUCGCCCCCUCCGUACCCCGAGGGCGCGUACACGCCCCUAAGUGGGAUGUUCGGGGCCGAAGAGGGGCAGAGUGGGGACCCGUGGGCGGUGCCGGUCUGCGGGGGGCUGGACCGCUGGUCCCUGUCCUCGCUUCCCUCCGAGAAGUCCUCGGCGCCCUCCCAGGAGUUCAGGACGCUGUCCGCCUGCGCGUGCGCCCCCAAGAGGGACAGCGGGGACCGGCUGGCGUCGUUUGCCAGCCAGGCCUUCCUCCAGCCCGCGCUCUCGGGCCAGGAGACGAAGAGCCAGCACACGCAGCUCCUCAAGAACAAGCUGGAAGAGGCCGUGGUGUCCUCCCGGGACCAGAAGAUCGUGGCCCUGGUGCUGACCCGGCUCAAGAAGGCGCAGAGGAUGCGGGAGCUGCAGCAGCAGGCGGCGGCGGCCUGGGAGGAUCUCAAGCGCUCGGACCACAAGGUCCAGGUGACCCUGGAGCGGGAGCGCAAGCUGCUGCUGCAGCAGAACCGCGCCCAGUGGCAGCGGGAGAAGGAGCAGCGCAAGGCGCGCCCGAGCCGGGAGCCGCGUGUCCAGCGGCCGCGCGACCACCAAGCCAGGCACGCGGCCCAGCAGGACAGCCUGUGGCCGGCGCCAUCCGAGGAUCAGGACAUCCGGCGCCAGGACCGGCCGGAUCGGGCCCGCCUGGAGGCCGCCAAGCCCAGGAGGCCGGGCCCGGUGCCGCGCCUGAGGGAGCAGGAGCAGGAGCUGGAGCAGGAGCUAGAGAAGACGCUGCCAGAGCAGCGGAAGCCGACCAGCCUGGAGCCCACCGGUCCCCAGAAGCAGCCGCCCGCCACCGAGGACCAGAAGAAGGUGCGCGAGGCCAACCUCAGCUCCCUGGUCAAUUUCCAGGCCCGCAAGGUGCUCAUGGACUGUCAGGUCAAGGCCGAGGAGCUGCUCCGCCGGCUGUCGCUGGAGCAGAGCUCGCAGCGGGCGCAGGAGCUGCACAAGGGCCUGGGGAAGGAGCGGCCCCGGGAGCUGCGGGACCGGGCCCGCCGGGAGGAGGAGCAGUACCAGCAGGUGCGGCUGCGCGCCGAGGAGCUGGAGGAGCAGCGGCGGGUGCGCAAGCGGCUGCUGGGGCGGCUGGCGGAGCAGAAGGUGCAACAGGCCCGCAGCAGCGCGCAGCGCAGCCUCAGCGAGAAGGCGCAGCACGUCCGCGAGCUCAACCUCCUGCGGGAGAAGAACCACCACAUCCUGAAGCUGAAGGCCGAGAAGGAGGAGAAGUGUCACAUCGAGGGCAUCAAGGAAGCCAUCCGCAAGAAGGAGCAGAGGAUGGAGCAGCUCUCGCAGGAGAAGGAGGCCGCCUCCGCCGCCGCCUCCGCCUCCGAGGGCUUCCCAAAGGCCUCCAGGGCCUGCAGGCGGGACGGCGGGAAAGCGCCUGGCAGCGGCUGCUACGAUCGCGUGGACGACGGGGAGGCCCCGCUCCGAGGCGGCUACUGA